AUGUCGAACGUUAAACUUCUACUCCUCGUCCUCGUCGUUGUCACGCUGCUCCUCCUGGUCGCGGCUCGGCCCAGGUCACGAUCUCCGGUCUAUAACGAGGUCACCUCCCUGCCGGCGGAGCGCGAGAGUCUGGGCAACGAGCUGCUGGAGCAACAGAUCUCCCCAUGGAGGCGACAGGCCAAGAAGGACUUCUCCAUGAGGCGGCACUCCUACAUCAAUCCCAAGAUGAUGCUCUCGCGGAGUCCCUUCCUCCAGCGCAUCUACGAUCUGCCGGAGCCGGACAUUGCACCCGGCGGAGCCAACUACUUUGGUAACGAGGUGCUGCCGCUGGCCACCUACGAGAUCAUGGAACCAGAAUCCCUGUACUAG